AUGACAGAUUCUACAAAUAUCCUUGAAGAAGUACUCUUAUGGAAGGCACUAGAUUUUGCAACUCUUAGACAAAGUUCUGUUUCUUUCUUCGACGUUGGAAAGACAGAGACACCAGUUUCGCGCUGGGCACGAGCUCAGACUAGGGCUUCAAAGGUUGGAAAGGGCUUGUCAAAGAAUGAGAAAGCUCAAAUACUAGCUGAAAAGAUCUGGUUAGAAGCUAUAGAUCCACUACAUCGGUAUGGUAUCAGCCUAAAUCGUUACCAUGAUGUGUGGUGCAACAGUGAAAGUUCACAACCAUUUUUCUACUGGCUAGAUAUCGGUGAUGGAAAAGAAGUUAUUGUCGAGAAAUGUUCAAGGAGUGAUCUACAAUCCCAAUGUAUCAAGUAUCUUGGACCAAAAGAGAGGGAAGCAUAUGAAGUAAUUGUUAAGAAUGGAAAGCUUAUUUACAAGAAAAGUGGUGUUUGUGUGGAAACAGUUGAGGGUACUAAAUGGAUAUUUGUGCUCAGUACCUCAAGGACCUUAUAUGUUGGACAGAAGCAGACACACCAUUUUCACCACUCCAGUUUUGUAGCUGGUGGUGCUUCUCUUUCAUCUGGAAGAUUGGUCGUUUCUAACGGGGAUCUCGAGGCAAUAUGGGCAUACAGUGGUCAUUAUAGACCAACAGAAGAGCAUUUGGAGGAGAUAAUAAGCUUUCUUCAGGACCACCAAGUUGACCUCACGAAUGUUAAGAAAUACUCAAUAGAUGAUGACGUAGUACCCGACAAGUCAAAAAUAUCAAAUGAAUCAAAAGGUGAUGGCACCAAAUAA